AUGUUUCUAUUGCAAAUGGUCGGCUGUACGGUGCAACUAUGCGUUAUGUGUUUCCUGGUCCUUUUGACUCUUGGAAGAAAGGAUAGUAUAAUCUUAAUUCAAAUAGUAUUCCUCAUGUUAUGCGUAACAUACAUUUUGCUUCAAAUCUAUUUGUAUUGUUACAUUGGUGAGGAACUUAUUUCAGAGAGCAUAGGAAUUAUGGACGCUGUCUACGAAUGUAAUUGGUAUGAUUUAUCAUCUAAUAAAGCUAGAUCACUUAUUAUGAUCAUGAUCCGAGCAAAAGUACCAUUUUUCAUAACUGCAGGAAAAUUUUGUUCUUUCAGUCAUAAACUUUUUUGCAACGUAAGUAAAGAUAUCAAGUAGUUAUUUAUAUAAUUUAUCAAGAAAAGUAAUUCCUUAUGAUACAAUUAUCGCAGAUUUUGAGAACGUCGAUGAGUUAUUUGUCAGUACUCCAUGCUAUGAACAUCGUAAGUACGGAAUAAAACGUACAAAUGCAUCUCCAAAUG